AUGACCCAAUGCUUGAGAGAAGACUUGCGAGCGUGCGGAAAGUUUGGUCAGUACGUCCGGCAAGAAGGGCGAAACAUUUCUUUUGCCCGGCCCGUGUAUUUCGACUCUGAGGUCUGUAGAAGAUAUUGUAGACCUGCGGGUCCCGAUCAGGGAAGCGGCCGCCCGCGUGAAGGAAGCGUGGGUGUGCGGUAUCGAGUGGCCGGUGGCAUGUACGAUCGUUACGGCGCUGAUGGCCGACACCGACCCUACCGUGCCGACGAUUGCCGUCGCAACGAGGACAACGGCGACGACGAGCGUGUCGACGAAAGAAGCGGUAGGAAGGAACGCUGCGGCAACCUUCACGAUGGCGUCGUCGAAAACCACCACGACAAAAAUUCUACACCACCCAUUCUGCUGCCGGUAUAUAGUCUAAAUUUUAUUUUAGCAGAAAGUGAACACAACAUCAUCAAUAUCAAGAGCUCCCUCACAUAUAACUCAUUACUUAACUUUACAUUAGAGGACGUAGACAACAGCAUCCUUAACUACCUCGAUAUUAACGUCCAAAUAAAAAACGGUAAAUUCGACACUCGUGUGUGUGAAUGA